GCUGCGGCCGUGUGCGCUAUGAGGCGCUCGGCCACCGUGGGCGCCGGGUUCCUAGCGGCGGCGGAGGCAGGCGCGUUGCGCAAGCGGCCUGGCGGCGAGGUGAAAGCGGCCGCCGUCUGCCGAGCUGUGCGGCCCCACCACACAGCCAGCCAGCCGCGCAGUCCGCCACAGUCUGCGCGCCCGAGCACGGACAGAUGAGAGCGACAGCGCUAGUGGUGGUGGCCGCCGUGGCGGCGGUGGUGGUGGCUGUGGCGAGCGGCUACGACCCGGAGGACGAGUCGCUGGCGACGGUGCUGCCGCCGCGCGGCCAGUUCGAGGCGUUCUACGGGGGGCGCGCCUUCGGCGUGGAGGACGCGCCGUCGCGGCCGGCGCACGGCCACGCCUCCUACUACGCGGAGCGCAGCCCCGCGCUCGUCAACGCGCCCAACGCCGCCGCCUACGGCUUCCGCUUCGACGGCGGCCGGCGCUUCAACUACGACCGCCGCCGGCGCCGCUAGUCGCACUCACCGGUUCGGGCCAGCGGCUCGCCCUACUCCGCCUCGUCUCGGGUUCUCGUGUACUUUCAAGACCUCGACUCGCGAGACAGGUUUCUGCCGGUGACUGGGACAGAAACUACAGUGGUGUACAGGCGAGUGCGUUUGCAUUUCCCAGAGUGUGGCACAGAAACUUGGCAGUGCCGUCACUUUGUUCUCUGCCUUGCGUCACUCAACUGUUCUCUUUCAUGGCAGUUGGCAGCCCUGGUCCAGGCCCAUCGUGGGCGGUGCAGCUUCAGCUUCUGAGGCCUUUCUCAUGAAACUGAUGUACACGGGACGCCAUUGCUGCAGUGGUAAAGACUUGUCAGAUGACCUAUAUUUUUCAGAGGCCCUAUACAACCAACAGGACAAUUUUAAGGCCGAGAUGUGGCUAUGCUCUGUUAAGGUAGACAAUUUUGUAGCUUUAGGCUGUAACUCAUUAUUUCAGUGACGUCAUGGGACUGAUAUUUCCAAAACACUUGCCACCCACUCUGUGCUGACUCGAACAGGAUGACAGUGUAAGAAUCAUCUGAAAAUGACAGUUGUCAUUUGUCUCUGAUUAAUAUAAAACAAAAGAUACAUGUAUCGCGAUUUACAGGGUGAACCAAAAAGAUGUUGACAUUAAAUGGGUGUUCAAUCAUGUGAAAUUACGAGGCAGGGAUUUGAAAUGUUCAAAAGUGUGUGAUAUCUUAUGGGAAUUAACUUCUAAGGUCCUCAGUCCAUAAGCUUACACACUACUUAACCUAAAUUAUCUUAAUGACAAACACACACACCCGAGCCCGAAGGAGGACUCGAACCUCCGUAGGGACCAGCUGCACGACAGCGGUUUGAUUACAGAGUUUCAAUUUGCCACCCAUCUCGUUCAGUGCACUAGUAGCGGCGGCCCAUUGUUGACUAUGAGGCCCACUGGACCAUCUGUGCAGGAAUAGAAGGACCUCACUGUUGGAGUGCUUCAGACCGUCUGCGUUGCAAGAUUGGAUGGCGUAGACCCGAUCCUUGACCAUGCCCCACAGCCACAAAUGGCAUGGCGUCAGGUCGGAUGAACGUGCUGGCGAGUGGAAAGGAUCACCUCUAGCAAUCCAACAUUUACCGAACGUGUUGUUCAGGUAACCCCUACCCAUAUGACUGUAAUGGGCAUAGGUGCCGUCUUGGUGAAAGUACCCUCGCUGGAGGAUGGAAAGUGGCGCGUUCUCCUCCAUGAACGUGUUAAACAUGACAAGUUAAUUCUCUCCCCUGAUUGUCUGUUCUUCAAAAAAGGAUCCAGUCACUCCACAGCAAACGUUCACCCUGGGAGAAUCCCGCACGGGCUUUCGAACUUCCAGGUGGUGCUCGGUCGCCCAGAUGACACAGUUAUGCUUGUUCACACGAUCACUCAUGAGGAAUGUUGCUUUGUCAGAAAACAUGAACAGAAUGUCACGCUCCAAGUGUACCAUUUCCAAGAUAAUUUCCGCAGCAAUCACCCGUAAUUGCUUGCCCGCAUUUGUGAGUUGAUGCACAAUCUGCAAGUGGUUUGGCUCCAUUCCUAAAUCGUAAUUCAAAAUUCUAAGUACUGACCUUUCAGAAACGUUAGCUUCUAGAGAAAGUCUCCUCGAGGACUUGGUUGGGCUGUUAUCAUUGGUCCCUGGAUGAGGAUAAUCAGUUCGGACAGAUCUGUUGCUACCGCUGUCUUGAGCAGACGCCAAACUUCUUGUAGAUCCUACUACCUGUCAGGCGCGAUGGCCAUUCCACCCGAUCCAGGCCUUGAAAUUUUUUUGCAUGAUGCUUGAGGACUGAAAACCUCCAGCCAGGCAAUUAUCUUCCUUCGUUCAUCAAUGGAAUAUCGGGACGCCGUGGUUUAAUCAGGGGAAAAACAUAAAAAGAACACCCAUUUAAUGUUUACAUCUUUUUGCCUCACUGUAUUUUCAUGUAGAACUGAACUGAAUUUACUACCUAUUAGUAGACUAAAACCCUUUGCCAGACUGAUAUUGAGGCUGGGUCAUUAUCUUAGAGGGAACUGAAAUCAUGCAUUAUUUGUGUGAAUUCAUGAACUGUGUCUUGUUUACUUUUGACACCAACAAUAGAAGAAUUUUCAUAAUCUUCGAGUUUUGAUUCUUUAAUUUUGCAGAUUGUUUUCAGAGUUCAAACAGCACAUGGCAAUAUCUUAGAAUAAAAUGAAAAAGUUCUUAGAGUAAAGCUUCUAGUUUAUUAUUCGAAAAUCGUGUCCUUUCCCAUUUUGUCGAAAACCAGUGUCUCCACUUUUUUGUGUAGCCACUGUAAUUUCGCAACUUAACACUACAACUGCUAUUUUCUAUUUCUGUCGGCUCAUUUGUCUUUGUAAAUGGCUUAAGCUUCCCUGAUGUUUGGUUUUCAUUUAUUUUGUGUCUAUCUGUAUGUCUGUCUGUAUGUGUGUGUCACAAUGAAAUUUGUGACCGAAAUUUCUAUGACAUAGAUAAAAGCCUAAAUCUGCCUGUGUUAUUAUUUCUAUAUGCCUUGGUUUUCUAAGUGUUUUUCGCAACAGGCAGAGGUCUUGGUUUGAGUUCUGCAGUUCAGUACAAAAUUAUAUUUUUCUAUGGAAAUAAAUUUGUUGAUAAAGUUUGAA